CCGAACAUGACUGUAGCUUGACUUCACGUUUCUCUCAGUCCCCAAUUUAAUUGAAAAUGGUGCGUAAAUUGAAAUUUCACGAGAAGAAGCUCCUAAAAAAGGUAGAUUUCAUAAACUGGGAAGUCGACAAUAACUUGCACGAGGUUAAAAUACUACGAAAAUAUCAUAUCGAGAAGAGAGAGGACUACACAAAGUACAACAAAUUAAGUCGCCAUAUAAGAGAAUUAUGCAGAAAAAUCAGGGACCUAGACGAAAAGGACGGAUUCAGGUCUCACAGCACUUCACUUCUCCUGGAAAAGCUGUACACCGUGGGAUUGAUCCCCACCAAACAGAACCUCUCUUUAGUUGAGAAUGUCAGUGCCUCCUCCUUCUGCAGGAGACGACUUCCAACAGUAAUGGUGCGAUUACGCAUGGCUCAGGAUCUGAAGACAGCAGUUACCUUUAUCGAGCAAGGACACAUCAGAGUUGGACCAGAAAUCGUUACAGAUCCUGCAUUCCUCAUCACCAGGAAUAUGGAGGACUUUGUAACAUGGGUUGAUUCUUCCAAGAUUAAACAGCAUGUCAUGAAUUACAAUGAGGAGAGAGAUGACUUUGACCUUGUGGUGUAGACUUCUACAGAGAAUGAAGCCAUUUAAGCAGGCCUCUGUUUGGAUUUUGCCUCCGGUAUUUUAUACAUAACUAAAACAUCAGAAAACAACUUGUGUGGAGCAUUUUCAUGUGUUUUAUAUUAAAAAAUAUUUCUGUGCAAUAAAGAA